UUCAGACACUGCUUUGGUCUCGGUGUUUUCAGCCAGAGUCAUUGAAUUCUCAAACACUGCUUUGGUCUCGGUGUUUUCAGCCAGAGUCAUUGAAUUCUCAAACACUGCUUUGGUCUCGGUGUUUUCAGCCAGAGUCAGUGAAUUCUCAAACACUGCUUUGGUCUCGGUGUUUUCAGCCACUAUUUAAGGUUGGACAAUCUGCCAUGGAGCUGUUGAAGUCGAGCCUCGGACGGUUGAAGUUUGUUCUCCUUUGUAUGUCGGCUGCUCACAGACCUGAAGCUCAGACCUUGAAGAGACAUAUAACAAGAUAUCUGGUUUAUUACCGCGGCUUUACCACCAACUUUCACGGAGCCCCCCCUCGUUUCAGUUUACCCGACAUAAGUUAUCCUCCCUGAUGUCUUGGACAACCAUGAAGCUUCUUCCUCUCGUGUGUCUCUGUCUCCUGACUCGGUCUGGAACAACGUUUGCUGAUGAACACGGGUCGGGUGUCGUCAGAGUGGUUGUGAAAGAAGGGAGUGACGCCAUUUUACCCUGUUCCCUCAGCACCAAGGAGAACGCUGAGUCAAAGCUCUUUGACUGGAAGAAAGAUGGUGGGAAGGAGGUUUUCUUUUAUGUUGGAGGCUUUCAUUAUAAUAACGGCCGUCCAGGUCAAGAUCAGCAGUUCAAAGGUCGCAUCUCACAUUUUCAAGAUGAGCUGAAGUACGGAAACGCCUCCAUCAUCAUCAGAAAAACAAAGGUGACCGACAGUGGAGACUACACCUGUGAUUUUCCACUUCUUCAGCCAAGACAAAUAUUAAAAAUUCAGCUUGUUGUUGAGCUCACCUUCAGAGACCGAUCAGGAGAAAUCACAGGAGCAUCUCCAGAGCCGUCUGUCAAGAUACUUAAUCAAACGCAGGACGUGGCCCUGCUGCAGUGUGACGUUCAAGGUGCUUCUCCAAAACCUACAGUAGAGUGGCAGGACAGUGCUGGAAAUAAACUUCCUGCUGAGGAGCCACAGGUCUCAGAAAGAGGAGGCAGCUUCUACAUCAUCUUCCAAACUACUGUGAAGAAGACCGACAACUAUCGCUGUGUAGCCACACAGGAGGAGAUCAAACAUCAGAUUUAUGCCGAGACCUACGUGUUUAUAAGCGAGAAACUGUUUGAGGACACGUGCAGCAGAGGGGACGUCACAGGAUGGUUUUUUAGUGGAUUCUCUUUAGGAGCUCUGGCAGUUCUAGCUUCACUUGUAGCUACAAAGUUCAUCACAGUACGCUGUAAUAAAGGAGCAGCUGUGAAGAGACAGAGAAACAGGAGAGAGACAGAGCGGUCUAAUGGAACCAGUGUUCUCCACCAGACUGUAUAAAGAAGUGGACGAAGCCUCCGUGACGCCACCUGCUGGUUUGUCAAGUCAGGUUUUAUUUAAAGUGCAAAAUCACCAAAAGACAUGGUCCCAGUACACAAAAUGCAUUGAAAUUAAAUAAAAUUAACCUUAAAAUACAGAAUGCAUGUAAUAAAAAAUACAAUCAGAAUAAAAUGUAAAGUAAAAUGAUAAAACGAUAAAAUUGAAUUAUAAUUUAAAGUUUGCUCAACACUGUCCGACUAACAGCUUUAUUAAACAGAAAAGUCUUUAGUCUAGCCUUAAAAGUGGUGAUGCGGUCCGAUUCCUGCACCCAAAUUGGAACCAGGUUCCAUAGUAGAGGCGCUUGAUAAGUAAAUGCUCUUUGCACUCUUAACGUUUCAGAGCCUGAAUUUGGAAUAUUGGCCGUCGCCAUCUUGUUUGUUUUUGUUUUUUUUAAAGCUCAUCAGGAGUUUACUGAGGUGAUAAAUCAAGUGAGAAGUCGGGUCAUAACAGUGAAGCUAAAGUCAUGUUUAAUGUUAAAAUGGCUUCGACAACUAACUUCAUGAAGUUUCUUCCUCUUGUGUGCCUCCUCGCUCGGUCUGGACAAACGUUUGGGGAUGAACAAGGUAAGAAAACUUCUUAAAGCUGUAACGUUACUCAUUUCACAUUGAUAGCGUUUGCCUUUUCUCUUUUUGGUCAGUUUCAUCGCCACGAGCACAAACCUGAAAACUCUGUUGGUAAACAUGGCGGUCGGGACGGUGUUACUUUGUGUAGCCUAACUUAUCCCAUAGACAGUAAGCCUAUGAGGUUAACAGCAGCUUACAGUUGUAGUGUAGCCACAGAGUUUCUGUAUAACAGCACCGUGCAGGGAAGGUGACAGAAGUGGUUAAUAUGCUCUGAGGGACGUUACAGCGCAGAAGUCGCGACAGCAGAUGCACGUUAGACUAAGAAACUUACGGGAAUCAAUGACAGGUAGACGGAGGGUGUGUCUCAGGUAUAUCAUCCACGCACUGCGUAAAAACGUUUCCAUGACAACACCAGCUUGCUCUUGUUAAAUUUAUUAAGAGAAAGGUUUAUCGCUAGUCACAUGACUGUUACUCGGAAGUACUGAGAGUAGCGCCAGAGAAGGCGAACUUUUAAGCUCCCGUCUGUUAUUCUACAGCUGGUCUACAAGGCGAACACGGUAAUAAUUAUUAAGUUAAUUAUUAAGCACUGUUUAAUGUUGUUUACAGGAAAAUGUGAGACACAUUGUAUCGGUCUGUAUAAGAAAUAAGAGACAGAGUAUAUAAACGUUGUUGUGGUGGUGCUUUGUGCUUGAAACGGUUUUGUUUAUCCUCUAGUUUUCACGGUGUUCUAUGAUACUUCAGAGGAGAAUAAAUGUGAACGUGGACAUCAGUAAGAGGCGUUUAUUAACUUGUUUAUAAACUGGUGUUUCAGAGUCAGUGAGGUGACAUGUAAAUGUGUUAUCUGAUGAACAGAAUGACUAAAAUAAACUUCUUCUUUCAGGGUCGGGUGUCGUCAGAGUGGUUGUGAAAGAAGGGAGUGACGCCAUUUUACCCUGUUCACUCAGCAACAAGCAGAACGCUGAGGAGAAACUCUUUGACUGGAAGAAAGAUGGUCAGAAGGAGAUUUUCUUCUAUGAUGCAGGAAUUCAUUCUAAUAACGGCCGUCCAGGUCAAGAUCAGCAGUUCAAAGGUCGCGUCUCACAUUUUCAAGAUGAGCUGAAGUACGGCAACGCCUCCAUCAUCAUCAGAAA